CGAAGAUGGCGGGGGGGGGGAACGGUCGCACUUUUUUUUUUUUUUCAAAUUGGGGGUUCCCAGAAGCCAUUGCGCGCGUUUGUAACGAAUUUCCGUUCGAGUUUGUAUUUUAGGCGCCAUUUUCGAGUGAAGGACCCGGAGCCGAGGCAGCGCCACCAUGCCGCGCAGAGGCACCCAGCCCUCCACCGCCCGCAGCCGCGACGACGGGCCGGCCGCCCUGGACGGCAGCGACGCGGAGCCCGAGAGCCCGGCCGCGGACGCAGAGGCGCCGGGCGAGGAGGUGGACAGCAGAACCCUGGCCGAGAUUCUGAGCAGCAUUCCUCCUCCCCCGCCCCCGGCCAUGGCCAGUGAGGCCGGCGCGCCGCGGCUCAUGAUCACGCACAUCGUCAACCAGAACUUCAAAUCCUACGCCGGGGAGAAAAUCCUGGGACCUUUCCAUAAGCGCUUUUCCUGUAUUAUUGGGCCAAAUGGCAGUGGCAAAUCCAAUGUUAUCGAUUCUAUGCUUUUUGUGUUUGGUUAUCGAGCACAAAAAAUAAGAUCUAAAAAGCUCUCAGUACUAAUACAUAAUUCUGAUGAACACAAGGAUAUACAGAGUUGUACUGUAGAAGUUCAUUUUCAAAAGAUAAUUGAUAAGGAAGGAGACGAUUAUGAAGUGGUUCCUGACAGUAACUUUUAUGUAUCCAGAACGGCCUACAGAGACAAUACUUCUGUGUAUCACAUCAGUGGGAAGAAAAAGACAUUUAAGGAUGUUGGAAUUCUUCUUCGAAGCCAUGGAAUUGACUUGGACCAUAAUAGGUUUUUAAUCUUGCAGGGUGAAGUGGAACAGAUUGCUAUGAUGAAACCAAAAGGCCAGACUGAACACGAUGAGGGUAUGCUUGAAUAUUUAGAAGAUAUAAUUGGUUGUGGACGACUAAAUGAACCUAUAAAAGUUUUGUGUCGGAGAGUAGAAAUCCUUAAUGAACACAGAGGAGAGAAGCUGAACAGAGUUAAGAUGGUGGAAAAGGAAAAGGAUGCCUUAGAAGGAGAAAAGAACACAGCGAUUGAAUUUCUUAAAUUGGAAAAUGAAAUUUUUAAGCAAAAGAAUCAUGUUUGUCAGUAUUACAUUUAUGAUCUGCAGAAACGAAUUGCUGAAAUGGAAACUCAGAGGGAAAAAAUUCAUGAAGACACCAAAGAAAUUAAUGAGAAAAGCAAUGUACUAUCAAAUGAAAUGAAAGUUAAGAAUAAAGCCGUGAAAGAUGUAGAGAAGAAACUGAAUAAAAUUACGAAAUUUAUUGAAGAAAAUAAAGAAAAGUUUACACAACUAGAUUUGGAAGAUGUUCAAGUUAGGGAAAAACUAAAACAUGCUACAAGUAAAGCCAAGAAACUGGAGAAACAGCUCCACAAAGACAAAGACAAGGUGGAAGAAUUUAAAAGUAUACCUGCCAAGAGUCAGAAUAUCAUAACUGAAACCACAAAUAGAAACAAAGCCCUUGAAAAGGAGAAAGAGAAGGAAGAGGAAAAGCUAAAGGAAGUCAUGGACAGUCUGAAGCAGGAAACACAAGGACUUCAGAAAGAAAAAGAAAACCGGGAGAAAGAACUUAUGGGUUUCAGCAAAUCAGUAAAUGAAGCACGGUCGAAGAUGGACGUGGCCCAGUCAGAACUGGAUAUCUAUCUCAGUGGACACCACACUGCCGUGUCUCAGCUGAACAAGGCCAAGGAGGCUCUGCUUGCGGCUUCGCAGACCCUCAAAGAGAGGACAGGCGCAAUCAGAGACAUAGAGGCCAAACUGCCUCAGACCGCGCGAGAGCUCAAGGAGAAAGAAAAAGAACUUGAAAAACUCACAGAAGAAGAAAUACACUUCAAAAGUGUGGUUCAUGAGCUUUUCCAGAAAGUUGAAGAAGCGAAAAGUUCAUUAGCGAUGAAUCGAAGUAGGGGCAAAGUGCUUGAUGCGAUAAUUCAAGAGAAGAAGUCUGGCAGGAUUCCAGGAAUAUAUGGACGACUGGGGGACUUAGGAGCCAUUGAUGAAAAAUACGAUGUUGCUAUUUCAUCCUGUUGUCACGCAUUAGACUACAUUGUUGUUGAUUCUAUUGAUACAGCCCAGGAAUGUGUGACCUUCCUAAAAAGACACAACAUCGGAGUUGCAACCUUUAUAGGCUUAGAUAAGAUGGCAGUAUGGGCAAAAAAAAUGCACAGAAUCCAAACUCCUGAAGAUACGCCUCGGCUGUUUGAUUUGGUCAAAGUAAAAGAUGAGGGAAUUCGCCAAGCUUUUUACUUUGCCUUACGGGAUACCCUGGUAGCUGACAACUUGGAUCAAGCCACGAGAGUAGCAUACCAGAAAGACAGAAGGUGGAGAGUGGUGACUUUACAGGGACAGAUCAUAGAACAGUCAGGUACUAUGACUGGUGGCGGAAGCAAAGUCAUGAAAGGAAGAAUGGGUUCAUCGGUUGUUGUCGAAAUCUCUGAGGAACAGGUAAAUAAAAUGGAAUCACAGUUGCAGAGAGACUCUAAAAAGGCAGUGGAAAUCCAAGAACAGAAAGUACAGCUUGAAGAGGCCGUGGUUAAGUUACGGCACAGUGAACGAGAAAUGAAGAAUACACUGGAGAAGUUCACUGCGAGCAUCCAGCGUUUAUCAGAGCAAGAAGAAUAUUUGAAUGUCCAAGUUAAGGAACUUGAAGCUAAUGUACUUGCUACGGCCCCUGAUAAGAAAAAGCAGAAAUUGCUAGAAGAAAAUGUUAGUGCUUUCAAAAGAGAAUACGAUGAUGUGGCUCAGAAAGCUGGUACUGUGGAAGCUGAGGUGAAACGAUUGCACGAUAUGAUUGUAGAAAUCAAUAACCACAAGCUCAAGGCCCAACAAGACAAACUUGAUAAAAUCAAUAAACAAUUAGAUGAAUGCGCUUCUGCUAUUACAAAAGCCCAAGUGGCAAUCAAGACAGCUGACAGAAAUCUUAAGAAAGCACAAGAGUCUGUCACUCAAACAGAGAAGGAAAUAAAAGACACUGAGAAAGAAGUGGAAGACUUAACAGCACAACUGAAGAGUCUUGAGGAUAAAGCAACAGAGGUCAUCAAAAACACCAAUGCUGCAGAGGAGUCCUUGCCAGAGAUCCAGAAAGAACACCGCAAUCUGCUUCAGGAGCUGAAAGCGAUUCAAGAGAACGAACAUGCUCUGCAGAAGGAUGCACUCAGCAUCAAGUUGAAACUGGAGCAGAUAGAUGGCCAUAUUUCUGAACAUAAUUCUAAAAUAAAGUAUUGGCAAAAAGAGAUCUCAAAAAUAUCACUGCACCCCAUUGAAGAUAAUCCUGUUGAAGAGGUUUCCGUCUUAAGCCCAGCAGAUCUUGAGGCAAUCAAAAGUCCAGACUCCAUAACAAAUCAGAUUGCGCUUUUGGAAGCUCAGUGUCACGAAAUGAAACCAAAUCUUGGUGCCAUUGCAGAGUAUAAGAAGAAGGAAGAAUUGUAUUUGCAACGGGUAGCAGAAUUGGACAAAAUUACUUAUGAAAGGGAUAACUUCAGACAAGCAUAUGAAGAUCUUCGGAAACAAAGACUCAAUGAAUUCAUGGCUGGUUUUUACAUUAUAACAAAUAAAUUAAAAGAGAAUUACCAGAUGCUGACCUUGGGCGGCGAUGCGGAGCUGGAGCUGGUGGACAGCCUGGAUCCUUUCUCGGAAGGCAUCAUGUUCAGUGUCCGGCCGCCUAAGAAGAGCUGGAAGAAGAUCUUCAACCUUUCGGGGGGAGAGAAGACGCUCAGCUCCUUGGCCUUGGUGUUUGCUCUCCACCACUACAAACCCACUCCCCUGUACUUUAUGGAUGAGAUUGACGCGGCCCUGGAUUUUAAAAACGUGUCCAUUGUUGCAUUUUAUAUAUACGAACAAACCAAAAAUGCCCAGUUCAUAAUUAUUUCUCUUCGUAACAACAUGUUUGAGAUUUCAGAUAGACUUAUUGGGAUUUACAAGACGUACAACAUAACAAAAAGCGUAGCUGUCAACCCAAAAGAGAUCGCAGCUAAAGGACUGUGCUGAAUGUGUUCAGAGUGAAGACUUCACACUCAGUGGGUGUACGUUUCGUGUAUUAUAUUGCUUAAUUUCUAUUCGUAACAAGCUGUAUGUAUAUUCCUAAACUAGAUCAUAAAUCUUGUUUCUAUUUUGUCCUGUAAAUUAAGUCGUAAGUCCAAUAAAAUAUUCUUUGUACAAGC